AUGUCCCUUGCAUCUACACAGUUUCAAUCAGAUACCGACAGCUUCUUCACCACUGAUGAUCAAGUGAACGAUAGUCACCUUCACAACAUCAAUCACAACAAAACCCAUAGUAUCACUGCUGCUACUGCUACUACUGAUGAUUCCCAUUACAACAACGAUAACAAUGACGAUUCGGACUAUUUUAUCCCGUCAAUGGAAGAGUUUUGUAUGCACAGUACUUCAAUAUAUACACCAACAAAUAGUCCAUGGUACCAUCCUAAUCAAAAUGGGGGUGAUAAGGACAAUGGCAUUGUUGGUGAUGUUUAUAACCACCAAUUGUCCAACUUAUUUUGUACGCCAAGAUCUAUUGUUACUAUUCAAUCAAUUGAAUCUGCUAUUGAUAAUAUUCCUAUUGCGUUGAAGCCAAACAUAUGGGCUGAUGAAUUUCCAUCUGUUGCUUCACAAUGCCAAAGGGAUGGUAAAGAACAAGAGUUGCGAUUUCAUUUGGAACAACAUCACAAAUUUCAAAGACAACUUCAAAUGCAACAAGAGCAACACCAACAGGACCAACUAUUACAGAAACAGCUACAGCUUGAUUUAUUUACUCAAAAAUACUAUAGCUAUGCAUCCAUGAAUAAAAGUGAAGCUGUGUGUCAAUCAAUUUCAGAUGCUAAAGCUGACACCUUUAGCUCUUUGCACCAACUUGAAUCACCAUUGCUUGGUCAGUGUUCAACAUUUGUUCCACCUAGAUAUACCCAACAACAAUGCUUGACCUUUAGAACUUAUAGUGGCUCGUUAUUCACCGUGCCUUCAAAAUCAAGAUUCUUUGUCAUCAAAUCAUACAAUAUCCUUGACGUUAAUGCUUCUUUUGAACACAAAAUUUGGACGUCAACAGAAUUAGGAAACAAGAGAUUAGAUAAAGCUUUCCACGAACUACAAAUUACCAGUGACCCUGAUUUGGACGGCAAGAUUUUCUUAUUCUUUCUGGUUAAUUCACUGGGUAAAUUUUGCGGGGUUUCACAAAUGCGAAAUUGCAUCGAUUAUAACAAGACGAGUGAUGUCUGGUGUGAGCAAACUAGGUGGAAAGGGAUCUUCCCCGUCGAAUGGCUAUUAAUUAAAGAUGUUCCUAAUAAGUUUUUCCAACAUUUAAAAGUUCCUGCUAAUGAGUUUAAACCGGUGACCAAUUCAAGAGAUACACAAGAGAUUCCAUAUGAUAUUGGUAUCUCCAUGCUUAAAAUUAUUAGUUCUUUUAGAAGUAACGAGUGA